AUCAGGCCUGAUCACAUUCAGCCGUGCUCCUCUUGGCUCCUCCUGACACAUGGACGAUAUCAGAGGAGAAGCCGUGAACCGACCAAACAAUGCCUCGUUUUUCUGUUUGCUUCAUGCUUUCGUUGUGUUUACUGCGAGCUCGGAGCUACACGUAUCAAAGCAAGCCGCUGUUUCUGACUUACUCUGAGCUGGCUGCUUUGGAGGCCGCCCCCCAGUCGGAGGCCCCUGCAGCGAGCGAAGACCACCAGGCCCUGGUGGUGAGCUGUCAGGAGGACAGCAUGGAGAUCGUGAUGAGACCUCACCUGUUGCACCCCGACCCCCCUGUGGAGCUAGUCGGGCUCAGACUCGGGCCACCUGGCUCCGGGGGGGAUGGCUGCACGGCCAGGCGCUCAGAAGAUGGAGCGUUCAUCAUCAGGGCUCCUCUGGCUGAGUGUGGGAGCAGAGUGACGUUGACUGACAGUGCAGUGCUGUACAGCAACACGCUGGUGCUGUUCUUCCCCGGAUCAUCGCCUGGUGAGGCGGUCCAGGUGGACGGAGCUGCUGUUCCUCUGCUGUGUCGAUACAAAAGGAGGUACUUGGUGAGCAGCGGAGCCCUGAGGCCCACCUGGGCGUCCCUCGUCUCCGAUCUCUCGGCUCAUCUCAGCUUCGAUUUCUACCUCCGUCUGAUGACUGACGACUGGAGCAGCGAGAGACACUUACCUGUUUACUUCAUGAGUGAGAAAGUGAACAUCCAAGCCUCAAUAGGCCACCAUCAUCAUCACCCUCCCCUUCGUCUCUACGCCGGCAGCUGUGUGGCCACCCUGACUCCUGAUGUGGACUCUCACCCCAGAUACCCCUUCAUAGACCGCCAGGGAUGUUUCACAGACUCCCAGCUGAGGGGCUCCAGCUCUAGCUUCCUGCCCCGGGUCCGUGACGACCUCCUCCACAUUCAGCUGGAGCCUUUCCUCUUCCAUCAGGACCGCAGACAUUCAAUUUACAUCACUUGCUACCUGGAAGUUGUCCCCGUCUCUAAGAAGCACCCAGAGAAAAAAGCCUGCUUUUUUGCAGCUGGAAGGUGGAGGUCAGCAGAUGGGGACGACCGUGUGUGCGAGAGCUGCGACGGAGCCGGAGAGGCGGCUGGAAGCCGCAGUGCAGACUUCAUCCACGAGAGGGUGCAAAGGAGUAACCUGGAGCACCGACUAAAUGGUCGCUGCACAGGAAAACAACUUUGGGUCCAAUCACAUUUCUUCCAGAGCAAGAGUGAGACUUGAUUGUGUAUAGAGCAUUGAAUAAUCUAAUAUUGCUGCCAUCUGGAAGGUGUCUGGUUGGCAAUGUAACUUAAUAAAGACAAAAGAUA